AUGGCUGCUUUUGGUGUUUGGGAUGUUCUGGUUUCAUAUGGAUCAUAUGAUCCGCAACGAGAAGCUGCCGCUGUUGCUGAAGAGCUAUUCCAACAUACUGAAGAAGUUGUUGAUGAUGCUGAGGGUUUUCCAGGCGGGCAUCGUGACACAUCAGUGUUGACUACCUAUGCUGAUCAUGUUGCAGAACGUCCUGAAUUGAGGUUAUCCUCCCAUGGAAAGAAGGUUCAGAAAUUCGAGAGGCCUGCUACUGAGAUUGAAGGCUUGGUUGCUGCCACAAGAUUAAGUUCUUUGAUCGCAUAUUCAUUGGACACUGGCGAUCGGAGACUUAUAUCCGCUUUUGUCGAGAGGUGGAAUAAGGAAGCGAGCAGUUUCCAUCUUCCAGUAAGAGAGGUCACCAUCACCCUCGAUGACGUGGCCUCUUUGCUCCAUCUUCCCAUUAUAGGAGCAUUCCACAGCUUCGACACUCUUCAUGUUGACAAAGUGGUGUUGAUGUUAGUGAAGUUACUUAAAGUUGCUGAAGAUGAAGCUAGAGCUGAGACAGUGUAG